ACAUUCACAUCCACCAUUUGCACAAGUCGAUAUAAAUAUUUCUUUAAGAAAGAGUAUCGGCUCUGUAUGAGAAAUAUAUGAAAGAAUAGGAGGCUGGACUUCUUUUCCGCUGAAGAUGCAGUGUUUCACAUCAUUCUGCAGACUUGUGAAUCAUGAGAGAAGUCGCUGAAAAAUUGAAUCGCUGACAAGCAUACAACAAACAAAUCAAUACAGUAUCUUCAUCCAAAAUUGAAGAAUGCGACUGGUAGUUACAAUGAAAUGAAAGUUUAAAACAAAACCAUACAAUUAAAUUCUGUAAAUGCACUUAAUAACAGAGGAUUUUAUAAGUUAGGCUUAGAUGUAACAACCGAAACUAAAUCCAAAGAAUUUACAGAAUAAAUCAAUUUGAAUACAGGCAGUAGAGCAGAUAAUUGGAAUAUCAGAAUGAGUUUUUAGUAUGAGACAAAGUAAAUACGAUUUCAGAAUGGAUAAAAAUGAAACAUAGAAGGAUAUUACUAUGGAAACGGUGAAGGUAGAAAGUUCUCAAAAUUAAGAAAUUUGACAGAUGCUAUAAAGGAAACCUUGAUAACUCGGAAGACUUUUCGGUAGUUAAGUCUGAAAAUGAUGUAAAUAUUAAAACAAGUGGCUGUGUAAAUGACCAGGGGAACCCGAAGGAUUUAGAAUUGAACGGGUAUGUUAAAAUGGAAGGAGAAUUCGAACAAAUAAUUGUUGCUAAAAAUGAUUGUGUUUCACCUGAAAUUACAGGUUCAGUCACUGUAGAAGUUAAUGAUUCUGGGCAAAACAUAACUGUAAAAACUGAAACUGAGACUCAGCAGCAGACUGAUGAGGCAGUUUUGUAUCUGGAUGAAUUUUCACCAAAUCUAAGUAUGAAAACCGAGAAUGAAACUCGGCAGCAUACUGAUCAGGCCUUUGUUUGUCAAGAUGAAUUUUCACCAAAUUUAAGUAUUACAGCUGAAAAUGAAACUCAUGAGCAGACUGGUCGGGCCUUAGUCAGUGUGAAUAAUUUUUCAGGAAAUCUAACUAUCAACAGUGAAAAUGAAACUUGGCAGUCAACUGAACCGGCCUUUGUCAAUGAGGAUGAAUUUUCACCAAAUCUUUGUAUUAAAAGUGAAAAUGGAACUCGGCAGCAAACAGAUCCGGCCUUUUUCAUUGAGAAUAAUUUUUCACCAACUCCAUGUAUUGAAACUGAAAAUCAGAAUCAGGGGGAGGCUGAUCCGAUCUUUAUCAGUAAGGAUGAAAUUUCAUCUAAUCUAAGUAUUAAAGCUGAAAAUGAAUUUCUAGGAAAUGAUUGUCAUCCAAUUGAAAAUUUUAACACAGCAUCUGAAUUGUCUACAAAGUGCCCAAGUUGUGAACAUGAAUUUGCAGAUUAUUUGCAGUAUCUGGAUCACCGGCUAUUAUGUGUAGCAGGGAAAGACCAGCUUGAUGCUUUUGAAGUGAAGGUAGAGACAGAUGAUAUUACAGAACCUGCUUUUGAAUAUAUCAUUCAGAACACUGAACAUUUGGAGCAAAACAGAACUUUACCAGAGGUCAAACAGGAGAUUUAUGAAACGGACUUCGAAGCUGAAAAGAGUAGUUUGGUUACUGAGCAACAUGAAGCCACAGAUAAGCUAAACAUUCCAACACAAGCCGUACCUCAGUUGCUUGUACAGAACAGUGCUUUAUGCAAUAAUAUGCAUAGUCCUAAAACUCAAAGUCAAGAAGAUGAAGUUCUGAUAGCAUGUUUUUAUUGCAGUGAGACAUUUUUGCGUGAAAGCAUGUGUAUCAGAUUUGAUAAAUACAUAGAACACUUGCAAAAGCAUCUAAACAAGAUUAAUAGAUAUGAUACAAUUGAUGUGAAUCAUGAAGUUGAGCGUCUGAACAAUUAUUUAAGGAACAUGUUUACCUUGAAGACUUGCAGAAUUACUGCAACCAUUUGUCAGAAUGCAACUUGUAAUUACAUAUUUGUAGAUAUGUCAGCUGCUGAAAAACAUAACCUAAUUGUACAUUUUGGUUUCCUUUAUGUUUGCACAAAGGUUGAUUGUCAUAAAGUAUUCCCUAAUAAGGGUUCAUUACGUUCACAUGAAAUUGUUGAUCAUGCAAAGAUAGUCGAUAUUUACUCAGCCAAAAGACCUAAAAAUGCAAAGACUAGAAGUGAUACUAAUGGCCUAAAAACUGCCUCAGUUGGUACCGUUAUUGAAAAAGCAAAGUCGGUUAAGCGUCAAAGGGAAGUAACUAAUACAUGUAGAAUAUGUGGUAAAGAAUUUUCAACUUCAGUAGGUCUGAAGUCACACUUGAUCUGUGAUCAUCCAGGUAUGACUCCAAAGCAGCUGGAUUAUUUUUCUGGCCAUUGUGAAAAUGAACUGCUAAAAUUAGAUGUCUCAGAAAAAGAGGAAGGUGUCAUUGACAAUUCUUUGAAUCCAGAGAAAAAAAGAGUUAAGCUUUGUAAACCAGAUUACGUACAUUUGCUCUCAGAGGAAUCAGAAAAACUAGACAAAGAUGCAAGUAACUGUGCUAAAGUAAGACCAUACAGAAAUAGAAAAUAUAUGACAAGGCAAAGAAAGCAUCAGUUAAUAUAUGACAGAAAUGAUCUACAGAAUAAACUGGCAGUUUGUCAGACAGCAGCUAAUAUUGAUCAAAUGGGAAUAACAGCAGUGACAAAUAAAUCAUGUAAUGGGGUUAAUGAGAAAGAUGAGGACGUAAACGUAAUGAUUAACAAUAUUCUAGACAAUGCAAAAGACAUAAAUGAUAUCAUGAAUGUGGACGCUUGUAAAAUGGAUGGUACAGAGAGAGAACUUGGAAAAAGUGUUGCUAUGAGAAAGCCGAGGAAACGUUCAAGGAAGAAAGUCAGACAUAAAAAGAAAUCAAAACUUGGGAAGGCGACAAGUUCUUGUAAGGAGAAGAAUGAGAAUGACAAAAACGAUGAAAAACAGUGCGGAAAGAGCUCUGAAAGUGUUGAUGAAGAUGUAAAACAUUCUGUUGAAAAAGACACUGUUGCAAACACUUUCCCAUGCAAGUUUGGAUGUCAUACGGUGUUUUAUACAGAUAAAGAUUUAAUAAAGCAUGUAAAUAAGCAGCAUGUUACCAAAUUUCCAUGUAAAAGUGCAGGCUGUAAAAUGGUGUUUGGAACGACUGAAGAAAGAAGGAAGCAUGUUAAAGAAAAACAUAUGUAUUUUCAUCCAUCACUGGUUAAAUAUAAAUGUACACAUCCUGGAUGUUUUAAAGGCUUUUAUAGAAAAUUUGACUUGCAUGAACACUUGCGCAUUUGUACCCUUGGUCCAAGUAUAAAUCCGAAGAUAACUUCAUCAGAUAACGGUAUUUCAGAAUUAAGGAAAAAAUUGUUAGAGGAUGAAUUAAGAAUGGAAGAAGCUGACUCAAAUGAGAUCCAAGAUGAUGCAAAUGUAAAUGGCAACAUCCGCAAAUUGUGUUGGUAUAUUUGUCCUAUGAAUCAGUGCUAUUAUGGAAGUGAAGUGAAAAAUAAUAUUUACGAACAUUUGAAAACUGUACAUAUUUGAAAUUCACGAAAGAAUAGAUAAUGCUACCAAGAAGAAAUUUUACUGUUUUUGCUAUUGACACAAAAUUUACUGAUAAAAACAACCAUUGUAGUGCUUGUUAGCUCACCUGUGCCAAAGGCUCAGAGUGAGCUUAUGUGAUCGCUCACCCGUUUGUUCGGCCACACUUACCUUUAAACAACUUCUUCUCCUAAACCACCAAGCCAAUUUUGAUGAAACUUCACAGGAAUGAUCCUUGGAUGGUUUGCUUUAAAAAUUUUCAAAGAAUUGAAUUCCGUAGAGAACUCUGGUUGCCAUGGCAAUAAAUUUUUUUUUAAAAAUCUUUUGUCCAAAACCACAAGGCCUAAGGCUUUGGUUAUGUAGCAUCAUCAGUGGGCCUCUACAAAGACUGUUCAGAUCAUCCCCCUAGGGUCAAAUAUGGCCCCGCCCCGGGGUUCACAUGAUUUAUAUCGACUUACAAUAUGUCUGUAAAUCUUCCAAAGGGAAGUAUAGUACAAAUCUGUGUUGAAAUAAAGAGUAAAAUAUCAACAUAGAUAUAUAUCGACUUAUAUAGGGAAAAACUUUGAAAAUCUUCUUAUCCAAAACCAUAAGGCCUAGGGCUUUGAUAUUUAGUAUGUAGCAUCAUCUAGUGGGCCUCUAUAAAGGUAGUUCAAAUUAUCCCCUAGGAUAUAAUAUGACCCCGCCCUGUGGGGGUUACAUGGUUUAUAUAGACUUGUGUAUGGAAAAACUUUGAAAAUCUUCUUGUCAGAAACAAAAGGGCCUAGGGCUUUGAUAUUUAGUAUGUAGUAUCAUAUAGUAGCCUCUACCAAGAUCGUUCAAAUGAUCCCCCUAGGAUGAAAUAUGACCCCGCCCAUGGGGGUCACAUGGUUUAUAUACACCUUAAAAAUCUUCUUGUCUGAAACCACAAGACCUAGGCGUUUCAUAUUUGGUAUGUAGCAUCGCCUUGUGGUCCUCUAUUAAGAUUGUUCAAAUUAUUCCCCUGGAGUGAAAAAAGGCUCUGCCACGGGGUUCCCUAGUUUUACAUAGACGUAUAUAGUAAAGAACUUUGAAAAUCCUUUUGCCUGAAACUGCAAGGCCUAUGCUUUUGAUAUUUGGUGUGUUGCAUUACCUAAUGGUCUACUACCAAAAUUAUUCAAAUUAUGCCCAUGGGGUGAAAGAGGCCCUGCCCAGGGGGUCCCAAGUUUUACAUAGACUUGUAUAGGAAAAAAUACUUUAAAAAUCUUCUUGUCUGAAAGUUCAAGGCCUAUGCCUUUGAUAUUUUGUAUAUAUCAUUACCUAGUUGAUCUCUUACAAGAUUAUUCGAAUUAUGCCCAUGGGGUGAAAAGAGGCCCCGCCCCAGGGGUCCCAAGUUUUAUAUUUACCUGAUGACCCCAAGUGAUAAGGGUCACCCGACUGUGACCUUGACCUACUGACCUACUUUCUUAUUUUUAUGCCCCCCUUCGAAGAAGGAGGGGUAUAUUGUUUUGCAGAUGUCGGUAUGUCGGUCGGUCUGUCGGUCGGAAUGUAGACCAAUCAGUUUCCGGAUGAUAACUCAAGAACGCUUGGGCCUAGGAUCAUGAAAGUUGAUAGGGUGGUUGGUCAUCACCAUCAGAUGACCCCUAUUGAUUUUGAGGUCUGUAUGUCAAAGGUCAAGGUCACAGUGACCCUGAAUAGUAAAACGGUUUCCGGAUGAUAACUCAAGAACACUUGGGCCUAGGAUCAUGAAAGUUGAUAGGGAGGUUGGUCAUUACCAGCAGAUGACCCCUAUUGAUUUUGAGGUCUGUAUGUCAAAGGUCAAGGUCACAGUGACCCUGAAUAGUAAAACGUUUUCCGGAUGAUAACUCAAGAACACUUGGGCCUAGGAUCAUGAAAGUUGAUAGGUAGGUUGGUAAUGACCAGCAGAUGACCCCUAUUGAUUUUGAGGUCAGUAUGUUAAAGGUCAAGGCCACAGUGACCCUGAACAGUUAAACAGUUUCCGGAUGAUAACUCAAGAACGCAUAGGCCUAGGGUAACAAAAGUUCAUAGGGAGGUUGGUCAUGACCAGCAGAUGACCCCUAUUGAUUUUGAGGUCAGUAUGUUAAAGGUCAAGGUCACAGUGACCAGGAACAGUAAAACGGUUUCCGGGCAGUAACUCAAGAACGCUUGGGUCUAGUUUCAGGAAAAUUGAUAGUUAGGUUGGUCAUGAUCAGCAGAUGACCCCUAUUGAUUUUGAGAUCAUUAGGUCAAAGGUCAAGGUCACGAACAGUUAAAGCAGUUUCUGAUCUUCUUGUCUAAAACCGCAGAGCUUAGGGCUUUGAAAUUUAGUAUGAAUUAUCAUCUAGUGGUCCUCUACCAAGAUGAUUCAAAUUAUUGCCCUGGGAUCUAAUAUGGUCCCGCCCUGGGGGUCACAUGGUUUAUAUAGACUUACAUAGGGAAAAGCUUUUAAAAUCUUCUUGUCAGUAACCUACAACAUCUAAAUUUUGACCAUAUGUAUGGUUUUGAGUGGCAAGAUGAACCUUGACAUGAGUUGACCUUGACCUAGUGACCUACUUUCACAUUUCUGUAGCUACAGCCUUCAAAUUUGGACCACAUGCAUAGUUUUGUGCACCGAAAACAAUUUUGACCUUGACAUUGACCUAGUGACCUACUUUCACAUUUUUGAAGGUACAGGCUUCAAAUUUGGACCACAUGCAUCAUAAAUUUUGUGUUCCGAAAUGAAAUUUGACCUUGAUUUUGACCUAGUGACCUACUUUCACAUUUCUCAAGCUACAGCCCUCAAAUUUGGACCACAUGGAUAGUUUGACCUUGAAAUUGACCUAGUGACCUACUUUCACACUUUUGAAGGUAAGGCUUCAAAUUUGGACCACAUGCAUAGUUUUGUGUACCGAAAAGAACUUUGAUCUUGAGAUUGACCAAGUGACCUACUUUCACAUUUCUGAUUGUACAGACUUCAGAUUUGGACUGCACGCAUAUUAUUGUGUUCUGAAUUGAAAUUUGACAUUAAUAUUUACCUACUACCUACUUUCACAUUUCUCAAGCUACAGCCUCCAAAUUUUGAAGCACUUGCAUAUUUCUGUCAACCGAAAUGAACUUUGACUUUGAUAUUGAUCUAGUGACCUACUUUAACAUUUCUCAAGCCACAGUUUUCAAAUUUGGACCACAUACACAUUAUAUUGUAACGAAAUGAAAUUUGACCUUGAUUUUGACCUUGAGCUAGUCUUGAAAUUUGGAACAUUCAAAAAUGGCUCAGUGGAUGGGAUCAGUAUCACUUUGUAAUCUCUUGUUAGGUUAAAGGUCAAAGUCAGAUUAAAACAGAAUUGUAGAACUUUAAUUUACAGUGAGCAUAUAAUUUCUGUUCCUUGUGCAAUUACUAAAUGCAUCAAGGGGGCAUUUCGUGUUCGACGAGCUCUUGUUUAAGAUACAGCCUUGAAAUUUGGAUGACAUGUACAGUUUUGCACACUCAUCUUAAAACUGACUUUCAGUGACCAUGAAUAUGACCUACUGACCUACUUUCUUGUUUUUUAAACUUUAGCAAAGAAAUUUGUUCAAGCAAGCAACUCAGGUGAGCGAUAUAGGGCCAUCAUGGCCCUCUUGUUUUUGUUUUUUACCAUAAAUUUUAAUUAAAAGUAUUCAAGCUAGGCGUAUUAGACUGAGUAUGUGAAUAGAGGUCAGUAUGUAGAUUACGCACAUAUAUGACUUAAGCUUGUAGGUCAUAGGACAGUAAAAAUUGAUUCCGCUCAAUGACUUCUAUAUGCAUCUUAGUGCUACACACAAACGUUCCCUAUGAUGAGAAAAUGUGUCGAAACAUGAUCUAUGCUUGUCGGUUAAUAGUAAAAAAAAAACAAGGAUGAAUAUCCAACAGGGAAAGCCACGUUCAAAAAACGCAGCCGCCCCAAAGACACACACGAGCAACUCCCGCACACCACACACAAAAAUUAACACAAAAGGACAAAACAAACAAAUACAGGAACACAGAGGGGCACCGCCUUGGAACGGUCAGUGGCAAAGUCACCACUGAUGAGUUUAAACCAGUUUAUGGUGCACCUAACCUCACUCUUACUGCCACUGUUUAAGGUCAAGUAAAAAAUUGUUUCUGUUCCAUAACUUUUAAUUGCAUUGAAAGGUCUGUUUUAUUACUACACAGAAAUGUUCCCCGUGAUUAGAUAAUAUGUCGUGCUCAUGGCCCAUGGUUAUCAAUCAAGGUCACACUAUUGAAGGUCAAGAAAAAUUGUUUCUGCCCUGUAAGUUUUAUGUGCAUUGAUGGAUUAUCUUAGUAAGUUAGUACUGCAUACAAAUGUUCCCCUAGAUGAGAUAUGUAUGGUGUACAUGACUUGUGUUUGUUAGUCCAUGUCACUAUUGUAAAAUAAGUAAAAAGAUUUUUGGUUGCGGGUUUAUCCCGUAACCAAAGUUAAGUGUAUUUCUGACAAUCAUGUAGCAUCUUUAUUUGAUUCCAAAUCACAUCCAAAGGAUAUGUUCAUGUGCUACACAAAGUAGUUCCAUUCAUGAACAAUGCGGAUGAAUUAUCAAUCAUCAAGUAGUUCUUAUUCAUCCUCUGUAUCCAUUCACGCUGGCCAUUUAGAUUAAAUUAGAUCUGUCAAUGAUUAGGAAUUCCAGCCUAUGGUUACAUCACUGACUUCCAGCUGUUCAUGUAAGGCCAGGCAGAGUUUAUCUUAGAUAUGAGGCACAUUAGUAUUUGUUUCUUAUACAUGUAUAUUUAAAGAUUGGCAUUUAAAAUGAAAUUAAAUCUAGCAAAACCUGCAACCAUCAGACAUCUCAAGGCUUUGAUUUGUUUCUUAGCUCCUAAAUGCGUUGAAGCAGUUUUAGUCUUACAGUGUUACCAGUAAGUACAUGGAACGAACACUAACAAAGUUUUCCACAGGUAGGGUACCUGUAUUGCCACUGUAAUGCUCGGUCUGUUGUUGUUUUAUCCAUAGAAUAUGUCAUAUUAAUUGACGAGGGCUGUACGAGCAUAAAAAACAUUUUUUGGAUAAUUUUAGAUUGCAUAGAAUGUUUAUACAUAAAUAUUAUACUUCAUUUAAAUUUCGUUUUACAUGUGUUUGAAACAUUUUCAUUUUACAUUUUAUUUGUUAUUAUAUGUGAUUUGUAUAAUUGUAUUUGUAGAUUUACAUUUACAUCAUGGCGGUUCUUUGGUUGAAAUUUUAAGUAAGACCAAAGAGCUAUAAAAUACUUAUGUUUAUACCUCCUUGGUAGGACAUAGUUCUUUAGAAAAACAAAUGACUAUCCAGAAAUGCUGCAACGCUUUAGAUUAUUAAUUUCAUCAUAUAAAUGACAUUGUAUUCCUUUAUAAAAUAAAGGUUUAUUUCUGUUACUUUU